ACUGGUAUACUAAGUUGUAGCCCCUAAAAAAAGCUUCUUCCUUUCGUUCUUUCUUUCUUUCUUUUUUUGUCCCCCUUAAUUUAUUAGUAGGAUUUUCUGCCUAAUUUUCAGUAAUUUUCUCCUUUAGCCAUUUCACACUCAUGUCUCAUUCAACAUUAACAACUAUUUUCUCUCUUUCUCCCAGUCUUUGCCAUUUUCUCACGCAUUGCUCCAAAAUGAUUUGUCUUAAUGCAGCUACCACGAACUUACUCAUAUAGUUUAUUGAUUCUUUUUUCAUUAUAUUUGACACAUUUGGAUUCUGAUUACUCAAGACAAUGCAAUCAUGAGAGAAGGUGUGGUGGUUUCUUCUGGUCUCGUUCUUCAAUUUACUCUACUGUUGUUUUUCUGUUUUAGCAAAUGCCAGGGCGGUUCACUUGGUGAAAUAAAAGCAUUCAUGGCUCCUCAUAUCUCUCCAGCCCCAAGUGAAAAUCCCCAACCCUUUCUUCCUGUGUUGGGCCCUUCGCCAAUGAUGCCAUUGACGCCAUUGGCCGAUGGUAACGCACCAGCAUUAUCAGGACUCUGUAAAUUAAACUUUUCAGCUGUGGAUAAUCUACUUAGCAUAACAGCAACUGACUGUUGGACAUCUUUUGCACCAUAUUUGGCCAACGUAGUAUGUUGUCCUCAGUUCGAUGCUACCUUAGUGAAUCUUAUUGGGCAGUCUAGUAAAGACACUGGAAUGCUUGCAUUAAACUUAACUCAUUCAAAGCAUUGUCUCUCAGAUGUUCAGAAGAUUCUAACUAGUAGAGGAGCAAAUGUUAAGCUUCAAAAGAUAUGCUCAAUUCGAGCAGUAAACCUGACCGAAGCAUCUUGCCCGGUUAUCAGUACUGAUUCAUUUGAGAGCAUAGUAGACUCUUCAAGACUUCUUUUAGCUUGUAGGAAAAUCGAUCAUGUCAAUGAGUGUUGCGAGCAGGUUUGCCAAAAUGCCAUAUCAGAUGCUGCUCAAAAAAUUGCCUUGAAUGGUAUGUCAAGUUUGAGUGAGGCGGCUAUAUCACCAGCGCAAUUAUCCCAGAUUGAUGACUGUAAGAAUAUUGUCCUUCGAUGGCUGGCCAGUAAACUUGAUCCUCCUUCUGCUAAUACUGUUCUUAGAGGACUCACGAAUUGUAAAAUAAAUAAAGCUUGUCCACUAGUAUUUCCGAAUAUCACACAUGUUGUUGAAGAGUGUGGAGAAGUGAUACAAAACCAGACGGCUUGCUGCAAAGCAAUGGAGAUUUAUGUAUCUAAGUUGCAACAGCAGAGCUUUAUUACCAACGUACAAGCUUUGAAUUGUGCCGCAUUUCUUGGCAUGAAAUUGCAGAAAGCUAAUGUGUCUAAGAAUAUUUAUAAUCUUUGUCAUAUAAACAUCAAAGCUUUUUCUCUUCAAGCAACAGUUGGAUCACAAGAGUAUGGAUGCCUUCUACCAAGCUUGCCUUCAGAUGCCACAUACGAUAAAACUACAGGGGUCAGCUUCGUUUGCGAUCUGAAUGACAACAUUGCAGCUCCAUGGCCUUCUCUGUCUUCAAAAUAUGUUUCAUUCUGUAAUAGAACAACCAAACUUCCAGCAGUUCCCAAGGCAACAUCAGCUCAGAAAGGUCUUUACAAUCAGAAGUGGAAAGUUCCAUUCUCCAUUACCAUCAUGUCAGUCAUACAGAUGCUCUUACUAUGAGUUUGGAUUUGGGGUUUUAUCAUAUAUUGUUGUGCUUGUGCUUUUGGGUAUGCCGGUCAACCUGAGUGGAAAAAUUGCUCGACAAUUAGAGGUCCUAAGUCAUAUUAACGUAAAACUGAUAAGUGUCUCACUAAAAUAUUUUUGGGGACUUAAACUCAAAGUUAAAAGUUUUGAUGUCGAUAAAUAGCGUGGAGAUACUUUAAAUAUCGAGAAAAUGUGAAAAUUAGGGUACCCAAAAUCGUUUUCAGUGCAGAAAUCACAAACCUCUAAUUUUCUCCCUUAAUUCUAUCCCAAAUCAAACCUAACUUUCCAGAAUACCUAAUAAAUGCAUAAUAAACAUAAUUCAUCAAAUAGCAACACCAAAAACCUACUAAAAUUAAAACUACCAUUGUUGAGCUAAGUUUGAGUUCAAAAACUGAAACUUAGCUCCAAACACACUACAACUGCAACAAGCUUCUCAAAACCACCACAAACAAACACAAUUUUCUCCCAAAAACUAAACAUCUCAAACCCUAGCAUAACUUGUUAUCUUGAAUCUUGUUCAAGUGAUGUGGCAUGUUCUUAUUUGAGUGACACGUAUCAUGUUAUCAAGACCUGGGCGGAACAAAUGUUCUUCCAAGUGCCCACCCAGGAUUAGCAACUUGCUAGAUGCAACAAUAAAAGAAUAAGGUAAAGGAUUCUGUACAGAGUAAGCAGAGUUAAUCUAGAUGGCAAGAAGCAAUUAGCGCUUUAUGUAGUCCGACUAGGACAAAACACGUGAAGAAAACUCAUUAAUGUCAGUUUUCCAUUGUACAUGUAAUUAAAUCCCUAUUUUAGAGGAUUUCCAUAUGUAAUUAUCAUAGUUUAGGAAAGUUAUUAGUUUCCUAUUUCACGACUUGACGUCUUUUAGAAAACUAUUUUCUAUUGUAAUUAUCUCCUAUAAAUAGUAGAGUCAUUCCAUUAUUUAGGGAGUCGAAAUCAUACUUUCAAGAGAGCAAUUACGAUGCUUAAAUAUCUGUAAAAGCUUUCGAGUGAGAUCAAGUUGUUCUUGCUUCUCUUCUUACAAGUAAAAUACAAUUAAAAAGGGGAAUAAGCUAUUACCAGAUAAAUGGGGUUGAACCUCUAUAGAAUCUCGUGUUCUUAGUUUAUGCUUUAUUUUAGACAUAUUCUCAUUGAAGCUAAUUAAUUCUAGAUCACGUUCAAGACUUAGUGUCAUUAGCCAAAAACAAGGUCAACAUUUUGGUACUUUCAUUGAGAGCUAAACUCAAGAAUGCUAUUGGAUUGAUCUCGCUCAAUUAAAAUCAUAAAUGGUUGUAACAAUUCGAAGGAAUCAGACUACUGAUUCUACGGAUCUUAUGGUGACUAAUCCAAAUAUUCAAACUCUUGCAAAUCCAAGAAAUCCUCGUGCGAAUGAUUCAAACAACAUCUUUCAUAGAACUGGCGUUACUCCGGGCACUCAAAAUACUAGAACUACUAGUACCCAUGGUGCUGGAGAGACUAGCCCACGUGUUAGGGGGCCACUAGUUGGCAAACCUCAGGUGACUAUUGAUUAUGAUAUCGAGUUGUGUAAUUUAAGAGAAGAAGUGUCUCAAAUUCAGAAUUAUACUUACACCCUUCAUCAUGAUCAAGCAGAUACCCGAGCAGCCAUGAAUGAAACAUUCGCACAUCAAAAGAGGCUUUCCAGGAAUGGAUGGAUAGAUGGGUUGAAAUUCUAAGGGCUCAAUAGGAGGCAAUUGGCAAUCAGUCACGCAAAACCAUGGAGUUGAUAAGAUAGUUUAAUCAACGAACUGGAAAACGACUACAAGAAAGUAUUCCCACCAUUAGGGAUACUAACAGAGGAAAAGAGACAUAUAUCCCACCUGGAAAUCAGCACGGGCCUGAAGUUCUUCCAACGACUUACACCUAAAAUCCCCUACAAGUCGGACCGUCAAUCUUAGGCCACAAAAUACAAAUGUGGAUCCCACGGUAGAUGGCCAAGUAUUGUCAGGGCAUCACCUUGGGCAAAAUAGUCAAAACUUUUGCUCUCUUAUGGAAACACCCAACCAGCUUAAUGAAAGGUUUCGAGAGCCUAUAGUUGUUUAUGAUCAAAAUGGGCAAGUUCAGUAUUUCCAGUAUGUCUCGUACGCAGUCCAAAAUCAAGAUCAAACUACAACUGCUCGCAGUCAAUCAUUCUCAAAUGACAAUGAAUAUGGGGCAAAUAGUGCAACUCAUGCUCAACGUACCCAAAGGGAAAUUCCACCGACCAAUACUGAUGCUACAAGAAGACCCUAGCUCAGUCAGUCUUUGAGAGAAUUGGAACACAACCAGGUGAUCUCAAAAACACUUUGAACCAACAAAGAGGGCAAAGAGAUAGAGUAAUAACUCCUCACGUGCAGCCAAUUAAUUUGGAUAAUUAUGUGCCAGUUGAAAUUCAAAGGGGACAACAGGUGACACAGACCAGGCCACAGGCAGGUCAAGUUAAUCUAGGGGUACAAGCCCAAAUAGAUCAUCUUAAGAGCAUAGUACAAAGCCUGACCAGUCCAAAACUCAUCAACCUAGAACUUGACUGAGCACGAGGCUCACCAUUCACUACUCGAAUAAAUGCACUUCCCCUACCGCCUAAGUUCAAAAUGCCAACCUAGAAGGUGCAUACUAGUAAAGAAGACCCUUUCCCACUUAAAGAACUUUGAAAUGCAAAUAGACCUAUAGGCGGUGCACGGAGACGUGUGUUGUAGAAUUUUUCAGCUACUUUGGCAGAAGCCACCCAACAAUGGUAUUUCAAGCGAUCAACAGGAAAGUUCGAUUCAUGGGAUACCUUCAUAUUAGAAUUCCAUGCAUAAUUUUUGUCUUCCAGCCAACUCCCUGUGAUCACUUGGAAGACUUGGUCGGAUUUAAAUAACUAUCGGAUAAAACCCUCAAGAUUAUUGGUUUAUGACUGAGGCAACAAGGGUAAAGGGGUUGAUCGACGAAGGAAGGCUAGCAGGCAUACUUGGGGUAACUUUACCAUUGGGGGAUUUAUGAAAAGAUAUCAAGAGGCUGAUAAUGGGGUCCAUAGCAGAGUUUUUAGACUGGGUGCACAAAUUCAUAAAGCUAUAAGAGGCAGAUCAAACAUAUGCUCGAAGUGUAGACGUCGUCGGCCAAAAACAAAUUGGCUAAACCUAAUAUGGCCACUGGUACGUCCAUGUGGCCAAAAAAGAUCUUUAUAGGUGAAGGCUUCCAUGACUAAUGACUCAUUAGGUUGAGGAAUGGAAACUUUUUGAUGCUGAAUUUCAUCAAAAUCUAGGUGAUUUAACAGUGAAAAUGUUGCAACAUUAUGAGCAGCAAUAAAUGUUGACAAACUUUAAAUGCUUGCUUUCUCAUCCUUUUCUUCACUACUUUGGAUUGAAGUGGGCUCUUCUAAUUGCUCAAAACUUUCCCCAAACAUCUCCAACUCAUCACCACUUCUCAAAAUGGCAUUUUCACUUUCUGCUUCCUCCUUUUUCAUAUCACUACCCAAAGCUUCAUAGGAUUUAUCACACAACUCAUUGACCAAAAGCUCAAAUUCGUUCUCUAAUUUUCUCAAGGAUGAAGCUUGGCUUUGAAUUAAGACAUCAUUUUUAGCCAUAAACUCCAUCAUCAACAUCUCAAGAGAGCUUGGUUGAGCCAUUUGAUGACACUCUUAUUCUAUGUUGAACCCUUGAAAAUUUUUCAAAAUCUCAUCAUUUGGUCCUUGAGUGUAAGUGUCAAAAUUUGACUCCAAAUUGUUGCAUUUGUCUUGACAAACAUGGUCAUUAUUUGGACAAUUACAGUAUCAUUCGUUGUACGUUACCUUGUCUUCUAACAUCCAAUAGGCUUCCUCCAAUGAUAGUUGGUAGAAAUUAGUAUUACCAUCUCAUCUUUCUAUCUAUUCCCUUGUUGUAGAAUUCAACCCAUUGAGGAAGACCUCUAAUUGACACUCUUUGGACAAAACCAUGAUAUGAAAACCUCAUUGGAAAUGCCUUGUAUCUCCACCAUGUUUUGUACAAGGGCUACAAGUCAUAUUAAAUAAAAUUCAUAAGGACUUGUCGAUGAGAUACAUCUCAAGUACAUUGCAAGAGAAACCAAAACAAGACAAACAAAGCGUAAAGUAGAACAAGAAAAUAAAACUAAACAAAUGAAAACAAAAAACUAAAUUGAUGGUAAUUAAGUUCCACAAAUAAAAUUUCACUAAAUCAAUCCCCAGUAGCAACACUAAUAACUUGUUGUAAAAAUUAAUAUACGCAAGUAUACGCAAUCACACAAGUAAUAAAGUGAUAAAUCAAGUAUUAUCGCCACAUGGAUUGAAAAUUAGAAAUUAAUUUACAAAACUAAUUACUCACAAAUUAGUUUCAACAAAAUAAAAUAAAGUGAUGAGAAUAUAUAAAAAUUAACAAACACAAAUUAUGAGAAGAAAACAAACUAGAAUUAUUAAAUCAGACGAAAAAAAUAUAAAAUUGAUAUAAUGAUGCAAAUAAAUAUUAUUGUAAAUUGAUAAUGUCAAUUAGAAAUUUAAAAUGUCAUAAUCCUUUUUCUUAAAGUGUUUAUGGUUUGAUUUCCUAAUUAAUUAAUAUAUUUCUGUGCCCAAUUAAUUUUAAGAAUACCAAUUUAAGUACAAUUUCUCUAAGUCGUACAAGGUAAAUAACAUAUUCUUAUGUCAUUUACAAAUUAUACUUUUUCAAGGUAAUAUUCAUGCAUCAUUCAAGCAAUUUUACUAAUCUUAUUUUUUUUUUCAAAAUUAAAGGUUAGCUGGUACUUACUAAUGGUGAUCAAGCAAAAAUAAUCAAUUAUAUAAAAUACUCUUUAAUGAACAAAAUUAAUUCAUUUAAUCAUAGCAACAAAUAUCAAAUCAUAAUUUCUAGUCAACAAAUAAUUCUAACAAAAGAGAAAUUAACUCAUAAUAAAUUGUGUAAAAAUUACAAAUUUUAAAAGAAAAAGAUAUAGAAAGAAAAACUCAUUUUAGAGUUGAUCACAAUACUCAAAGCUCUUCUUCCAAGCUCCUCCUCUUCUUUUUGAUUUUUGUCAAUCUCAAAAAUAAAAAUGCUGAACUAAGACUAAAAAUAACACUCAAAUAAAACUCUUUUUUUUUUUUUUUUCUUCAUUUUCUUCUCUUUUUAGUGUUGGCAUCCUGGAUGGAGCUCACGCUGCCGCCUCUUCUCUUUAAUUCACGUUUUUCUUCUUUCUUUUAUAUGCUUUAAUCAUAUAUGUCUGUAUAUAUAACUUUGUUCCAUUUCCAUUACUUUAUCCAAAACAAGUUCUUCACAUUAUUUUGUUUUGCUGGCCCAAUUUUUCAUCUUUUUUUUUUUUUUUUUUUUCAUAUAUAAUGCAAGAGCUUGCUUUUCAUAUGGGUCAUUUGAUUCAUUUAGUUUCUCCAUUU